AAAAGUUAAAGCCAGUUCUGUAGUUUUAUUUUAUGUGUUGGCUCCAUUUCCGCUUCGGAGCACCACCAAUGUUAUCAAUCACACACGCCGCUAUGUUAUCUAUCACUCGCGAAACAACGCUGCAAUUGCUAUGAUUGAUCUACUGAGGUUGUAACCACUCUUGUCUGCAGUCGUUGUCGGUGACCUGAUCCUGUUCUGAUUUGCUUGUGCGCUCGUCGUCGGUCUCUUCGUUCUUUCUCGCUGCUUUUGAGAAGCUUGAGUACAGAAGUAAUUCUUGGAGGUGGUGGGCAUGGCGCCAAGCAUCAGAAAGGCGAUCGGAGCCGUUAAGGACCAGACCAGCAUUGGAUUGGCAAAGGUCGCCGGUAAUACCGCUCCGGACUUGGAGGUGGCGAUCGUGAAGGCGACGAGUCACGAUUACGAUCCUACCGACGAGAAGUAUAUCAGAGAGAUCUUGACUCUGACUUCGUAUUCGAGAGGGUACGUCAAUGCCUGUGUUGCUACCGUGUCGAGGCGGCUAGGUAAAACACGGGAUUGGAUUGUGGCGCUCAAGGCAUUGAUUCUCGUUCACCGGCUGUUAAACGAGGGAGAUCCGGUGUUUCAACAGGAGAUCCUUUACGCGACUCGCAGGGGAACUCGUCUUCUUAAUAUGUCUGAUUUUCGCGAUGAGGCGCAUUCGAAUUCAUGGGAUCACUCUGCCUUUGUUCGGACCUAUGCGCUCUAUCUUGAUCAGCGACUUGAGUGUAUGAUGCAUGAGAGGAAACAGCGAGGUGGUGGCAGUGGCCACGGCAGGGAUGAUAGGCUUGGGGACAGAGACGACCGGUGGAGGCCGCCACCGCGGUCUUAUGAGUACGAGUAUGGAGAAUUCAGAGAUGAACCUGGUUAUGGAAACUACGGUGGACCGCCACGGCGGUCUAGGUCUUAUGGGGAUUUAAAUGAAUCACAAGGACGGGAGGAAAGGAAGCCAGUGACGCCGCUUAGGGACAUGAAGCCCGAAAGAGUUUUGGGCAGGAUGCAUCAGCUGCAGCGGCUUCUCGAUAGGUUCUUGGCCUGUCGACCCACCGGCACGGCCAAGAACAGUAGAAUGGUGCUCGUUGCGCUGUACCCUGUUGUCAAGGAAAGUUUCCAGCUUUAUGCGGAUAUAUGCGAGAUAUUGGCUGUGUUGCUUGAUAAAUUCUUUGACAUGGAAUACCCUGAAUGUGUGAAAUCUUUUGAAGCAUAUGCUACUGCAGCCAAGCAGAUUGAUGAGCUUGUGGCGUUUUAUAAUUGGUGUAAGGACGUAGGAGUGGCAAGGUCAUCGGAGUAUCCCGAAGUGCAGAGGAUUACCGACAAGCUUUUGGAGACAUUGGAGGAGUUCAUGAGGGACAGAGCAAGAAGGCCGAAGAGCCCUGAGAGACCCCGUGAGGAGAAAACGCCAGCGCAAGAGCCGGAACAGGAUAUGAAUGAGAUAAAGGCUCUCCCUGCGCCGGAAAAUUGCACUCCAGCACCACCACCACCUGAACCAGAGCCCAAACCACAGCAACAGCAGGUAACAGCGGACUUGGUGGAUUUAAGGGAUGAUGGUGCUUCUGCUGAAGAUCAGUCAAACAGGUUGGCGCUGGCUUUGUUUUGUGGAGGGCCUAAUGGAAAUGGCAAUAACUCUUGGGAGGCAUUCCCAUCUGAUGGAGGUGCAUCUGGGCAGCCUGAAGUAACCUCAGCGUGGCAGACUCCUGCUGCCGAGGCUGGAAAGGCGGAUUGGGAGUUGGCUCUGGUGGAAACAGCAAGCAACCUAUCAAAGCAGAAAGCCACAUUGGGCGGGGGGUUUGACCCAUUGCUCCUGAACGGCAUGUAUGAUCAGGGGGCUGUGAGACAGCACAUGAGAACUGCACAAUUGACCGGAGGCAGUGCAAGCAGUGUGGCAUUGCCAAUGCCGGGGCCAGGCAAGAGUGCAACGCCAGUGCUGGCCCUUCCUGCUCCAGAUGGGACGGUCCAGACAGUUGGGCAGGACCCGUUCGCGGCAUCGCUAAGUAUUCCACCACCGGCUUACGUGCAGAUGGCAGAUCUCGAGAAGAAACAGCACUUACUAACUCAGGAACAGCAGCUAUGGCAGCAGUAUGCCAGGGAGGGGAUGCAGGGCCAAGUGAGUUUGGCCAAGAUCAAUGGGACUGGUUUCUACACCCAAGGUCCACCUGCAAUGAUGCCAUAUGGGAUGCCACAGUAUGGAAUGCCUCCUGCCACUGGUAUGGGACCAGGUGGAUACUACAACCACACACCUUACUGAUUUUGUUUGACCCAUGUAUGAGAAUAAUCAUUUGUAUGCCAUAAUGCUCUUGAAACUGCUUCACAGUUUCUUUCUCUGAAUCUGAGAAAGAGAGUAAUGUGGGUUGGCUUUACAUGGGGCUCUUUUCUAGGGUUUAAUCAAUAUUAAUCAUGUAUCCAUUAUAGUUCUUUACUUGUUCUUCUGUAAUAUUAAAAUUAUCUUUUAACAUCUUUAGGAACCU